UCCCCAAUCACUUGGAAGUAACGACCAAUCCUCAGGUGGUGUCUUCGCGUACAUCGGACUGUGGUUUUACCUUCCUUGGUACCAGCUCCCAUCGACAAGUCUCCAUCUGGCGCCCCACGCGCACACAAGCGGCGCGUUAAGGCGCGUACACGCCUUUCCUUGUUUCUUGCCCAUUGUUUGUUUCUUUCAGUGUCUUGGUCUCAGAAAAAAUAGCUGAAGUGACCCCAUCAGUGAAACAAAAGCCAUUACCCCUUCUCUCCAAAAAUCUCCAUAGAUCGCUGGACUCCGGCAUGGCACUCCGCCGGAAAUUAAAACCCCGGCCACUCCAUACUCCUUACCCCGGCUAAAUGCGACGAAAACGCUAUCAUUUCAGCAGCUCUAUCCAAGCCGGCAAGAAUGACGACAACGAUGAUGACGAUGACACUGCCACUGCGUUAAAAAAAGAACCUUUCAAAGUUCGGAAUUCCCAAACAAGACCCCAGAUUUUCUGUUCCUUUUCAUCUGGGUCCUCGCAAUGGCUGCUACGAACACUGCACCACCGCCAGUGGACUCAGCCGCGACCGUCGCCGCCACCGCCUCAGUGUCAAGCGAAGAGCUGACUGCUAAGGCCGUUCACAAGAGGUACGAAGGGUUGGUGAUGGUUCGUACCAAGGCCAUUAAGGGGAAAGGGGCGUGGUACUGGGCGCACCUGGAGCCCAUGCUGGUUCAUAACAGCGAUACGGGCCUGCCUAAAGCAGUCAAGCUUAGGUGCUCUCUCUGCGACGCAGUUUUCUCGGCUUCGAACCCGUCCCGCACCGCCUCGGAGCACCUCAAGCGCGGUACUUGCCCCAAUUUCAACUCCGUCACCAAAUCCAUUUCCUCUAUCUCACCCUCCUCUGUUUCAAUGGCUUCGCCGGCUCCUUCUCUGCAACCCAACAAUCGUAAGCGUAGCUCGUCUUCUGCUUCAGCUGCUGGUGGUGGUGGCUCGGGUUGUUCGUACCAUGUACCACCGCUGGCAAUAGUGGAUCCGUCGCGGUUCGAGCUGGCGUUCUCGCAGGCGAUGUCGGCGACGACAGUGUUGACGCCGACAUCGGGGAAUUUGCUGCCACAGCAGCCGCAUUUGAUGCUCUCUGGUGGGAAAGAGGAUUUGGGAGCUCUUGCUAUGUUGGAGGACAGUGUCAAGAAGCUCAAGAGUCCGAAAACGUCACCUGGACCGACACUCAGUAAGACCCAGAUUGAUUGCACGCUUGAUUUCCUCGCUGAUUGGGUCUUCGAGUCUUGCGGGUCGGUCUCUUUCUCGAGCUUGGAACACCCCAAGUUCCGAGCUUUCCUGAAUCAAGUUGGGUUGCCGGCGGUGUCUCGGAGAGAUUUCACCGGUGCUAGAUUGGAUACUAAAUAUGAGGAAGCCAAGGCUGAGUCCGAAGCGAGGAUUAGAGACGCUAUGUUCUUUCAAAUUGCCUCCGAUGGGUGGAAAUCCAAGAAUUAUGGGGUUCCGGUGGAAGAGAGUUUGGUGAACUUGACUGUGAAUCUUCCAAAUGGAACUAGUUUGUAUCGGAAAGCAGCGUUUGUUAGUGGUUCUGUGCCUUCUAAGUACGCAGAAGAGGUUUUGUGGGAGACAAUCACGGACAUUUGUGGGAAUGCUGUGCAGCAGUGUGUGGGUAUAGUUGCAGACAAAUUUAAGGCCAAGGCAUUGAGGAAUUUGGAGACUCAGUAUCAUUGGAUGGUUAAUCUUUCUUGUCAGUUCCAGGCGUUCAAUAGUUUGAUUAAGGACUUCAGCAGGGAGCUUCCAUUGUUCAAGACUGUCACUGGGAAUUGUUUCAAGCUAGCCAAUUUUUUCAAUUACAGGUCUCAGAUUCGGAAUAGCUUCCAGAAAUAUCAGUUGCAGGAGCAUGGACAUGCCGGGUUGCUAAGAGUACCGUUGCGCGAGAGUGAGAGUGUAAACAUUGGAUCUGUAUAUACAAUGGUGGAGGAUAUACUGAAUUCUGCUCGAACACUAAGGCUGGUUUUGCUGGAUGAAUCGUACAAGAUGGUAGCAAUGGAGGAACCAAUUGCGAGAGAAGUCGGGGAGAUGAUUCAGGAUGUGGGGUUCUGGAAUGAAUUGGAGGCUGUGCACUCGUUGAUUAAAUUAAUCAAGGACAUGGCUCAAGAUAUUGAGGCGGAAAGGCCAUUAGUGGGGCAAUGCCUCCCACUUUGGGACGACCUUAGAGCAAAAGUGAGGGAUUGGUGUUCCAAGUUCCACAUCGCUGAAGGACCAGUAGAGAAGGUGAUUGAAAGGCGGUUCAAGAAAAACUAUCACCCAGCUUGGGCUGCUGCUUUUAUACUUAAUCCUCUUUAUCUGAUCAAGGACACUAGUGGAAAGUACCUUCCACCAUUCAAACGCUUGAAUUCUGAGCAGGAAAAGGAUGUGGAUAAGCUCAUAACCCGGCUUGUUUCGAGAGAAGAAGCUCAUAUUGUGCUUAUGGAACUUAUGAAAUGGAGAACGGAGGGGCUUGAUCCAGUCUAUGCACGAGCUGUACAGAUGAGGGAGAGAGACCCCGUUACUGGAAAGAUGAAAAUUGCCAACCCCCAGAGCAGUAGGCUUGUGUGGGAAACGCACCUUACCGAAUUUAAGUCGCUAUGGAAAGUUGCAGUUAGGCUUAUCUUUCUUCACGCAACUUCUUGUGGUUUCAAAUGCAAUUGGUCUUUCUUGAGAUGGGUGUGUGCCCAUGGGCACUCAAGGGCGGGUAUGGACAGAGCUCAGAAAUUGAUAUUCAUUGCAGCUCAUUCAAAACUUGAGAGACGGGAUUUUUCAAGUGACGAGGAUAAGGAUGCCGCGCAGUUCACCUUGUCAAACGGUGAGGAUGAUGUGCUAAAUGAGAUUCAACGGAUGUGUGGACUGCUGGUAGUUCCUUGGUUGCCAUGCAUGAUUAAUCGUCUGUACAGCACGGUUCAAUUAGUGCUCUUUUAUACAUGGAAGAAUGAUCGUGAGGGUUUGCCUUGGAAGGUCCAAUUGUUCUUUUACAGAUAUCUUGUGGUCAGUCUUUCAGCGAAUUGAGUUCCCUCAACAAGGAUAGGUUUCUGCUUGAUCCUUUACAUAUUUAUGCUUACUACAGCUAAUUAAGGUUCACUUCCUCUUUAAUGUGUGUUUUGGCUUAUCUACACGCACUGUCUGCAGUCUGCCUGGUUUACAAUCCACUCAGAACUACUCAAAAAUCCUUUCAUUCAUUAGUUCUUUUCCACUCAAAUCUAGUACAGGAUUUUCUGUGUUUGAAGCUCACAAAGGAGAAUAAGUUCUUUCUUUUAGAGACCUUUAGUUUUAACCGGAGAAAAAAAGGUCUGUCAGUUGGACUGAAGAAACUGUGGAUAUGAUGAUAUGAAUUUAUCUUUUUGGUGACAGAAGCAUUCGACAAAGAUAUCGUUGGACUGGAGAGGUUCCACCAUAAAUGGGUUGGUUGUUAGUAGGAUUGGAUGGAUCAUGAUUAAAGAGAAGUUUGCCAAAAGGAUCCUAGAAGGAUUUGACUUGAAACUUCUGCAUUGGGAUGUCUUCUUGCAAAACGCCAGGGUUUUGCUCAAACUGUUCGGGUGGAUGGUGAGCCGGGUCAACUAACUUCGAAGGACCUUUCUAGCUGGAAGAGCACUAUAAGCUGUUUCUAUCCUCAGAAAUAUAUCCUGGUUUUUGUGUCUUUGAGAGAGUGAAGCCCCACAAUGAAAGGAGUGGAAGUCUUUAUCCUAGCUUGUUUGUCAUGGAGAUAAAUGGGUUUAUUUUAUUUUUUUUUAACCCCAUCAAAUCAGAUUUGGGUUACUUCUCUCUUAAACAUUCCAAGGCUGUGACAUUCAUGCAGAGUUAUUGGGUGAUGCUCCCCGUGAUUAUGAGAAAGGUCCCGAAGCAAGGAAGACCUGUCGGCUUGAAGCAACACAAGGAGAUGCUUGAGAGUGAUUCUACAACGAACUUUGAAUUGAUUUUUCUGGUUUCAAAUAACAAUGGGUGUUGAGAAAAUUAUAUUUAACUGGCACUGCUGAUGCAACCUUAAUUAUCGAAUAUUUUUCCACAUUUUAUUUAUGAAUAAUUUUUUUAAUGCUAUGAUUGCCAUCAAA